AUGUUCGCUGCCUGGCUCUCGUCCUGCCUGUCUUGCUUGUGGUCCCAGGAGGAUCGCCAGAGCGGGAGUCAUCGGCAGGCGACGGGCAGCAGAGGGUCUGGGUCAUUCCGGCCUCUGGAGCUCAGCAUCUAUAUGCCGGGCAACCAACUGCCUGAUCUGCCCGAAUUCGACAAAUUUUCCCUGGACGGACUGAGACAGCCCUCUCCUCCACCAAAGGCUGUAACGUCUCAAUUUGACAUGUACCGUGCACGGCGUUGCCAGUCAGCUACUUUUAACCUGCCUCGAAAACCUGUGGGCUCAGGGUCACGUCGAAGUUCCCUGGCGACUCUGGAACUGAUGACGGAGCGCGAGAGACAGGCUCCAAAUCCGUUAAUUCCUCACUUCUCGACUCUCGUGAGAAGCCCGCCUCCUGUGGGCACAUCAGUGACUACCCGUACGCGGCCGCUGAGCGCACCACUUGACAGAGUGCAAGAGCCGGUAUCAUCAUCACCGGUUCGCGACAAACCGCUGCCAUCCACCCCAGAUACGCCCACAGCAUCUCCUUCCUCUGACAGACAGUCGCUCGACCAUUUCCGCGCUGGCAAGCGGAGAUUCGUUUCUGCAUCGCCGUCUAUCCAAGAGCACUCCCCACUGAAUUCCAACCCGCCGGAGCCCGCAUCUCCCAAGCCUACCACUGUCCUCCAACACAGCCGCUCUCGGACCAUGAGCGGCUCGACCAUGUCGUCGACAACGACGGCCGUAACUGCGGGGCAUGGAACAUCGCCUUCGCUUUCGAGCGCCGUCACGGCCGCGACGACGACGCUGCAGUUCUCCAUGUCGGAGGCCCAGACUUACAAAGAGAUCGAGUCCGGUCUGCAGAUUCCGCUCAGCCCGAAGUAUGUCGACUCGUUUCCGCGAGUGUACGAGGAGGAGGAGGAGCAGCCGCGCGGAUACGAAUAUGAUCGGCGCUUCCCGGACACUCGUAUCGGCGUUGCUUUCUAG